AUGUGUCUCUUCCGCGCUGUCGCCAAGGUGGACCAUCUCGGGAAUUUUCUUCCAUUUCCCAACAUCACUGUCGUGCACAAUCUCCAGCUAAAUGGACGAUUGAAGUCGCUUCCCCAAAAGCUUUUACAAGUCGCUGGAACUUAUAUCAGCCCGCUCCCACCCAGUUCCUAUCAUGCCACCCUCUUGUGUGGUCCCGUUUUUGACUUUCGUCCCUUUUCCAAAAAAAUCUUGUACGAGUCCUGUUGGCGAACCAUGGCCAUGUUUUUGAACGAUACCUCGUAUUGCCCAGAGUUGGUAGUGCAUUCGGUUCUCUGCUUUCCUGCGGGAGAGGUUGUUGUCAAGUUGGGACCAGCAAAGAAGGGUAGGGAAGAGUCGAAUUCGCAAAUCAUCAAGGACAAGCUCCGAGAUAUUUGUACACAAGAAGCUAUCCCGAUGAUGGAUGAAUACGAUCGGACGUGGCAUAUUACUCUUGCUUAUGGUCGACAAGCGACACUUCCAAUUCCACCUACAGUGCAGAAACAAAUCUGUGAGGUGGUGCAGGAUGCCUUUCAAGUACUGCCAGACAUGAACGAUGACGACCCCAUGGUAUUAUCGUUGGAGAGUGCCCAAUUGUGUUUGUCUCCGGAUAUGAAACGGUUUGUGCCGUGGGAUGGAAUGCCACCAUAG